AUGACUACAGAUACGCCUCCCAGCAAGCGCGCAAGGAUGCGACGCGGCCACACCGUCCCCGAGGCACGCUCGCUCAACUCUACGAUGCUACGACACUCAGGCACAUCACUGUUCACCCUGCCUAUCUGCUGGACACCAUUGCAUUCACAGCUGCUGGGCGUCAGCUUCUCUCAACAACCAGACCAGCGCACUCCCAUGCCCGCAAACACUUCUUCGCCACGCAGAUCGCGGCGCAUCCCGCCAACUGUUCUCAAACUCCAAUGCGACCUCAAUGCGCUUCUGACAGUGGAAGAGGUGCGAUCGCUGCCUCUCACAAAGACGCGCGCCCUCAAGAACAUCCUGUCAACCUUGUUCCCAUCACAUCUGUCCCGCCUAAAGACGUCUGCCGAUCUCGGCCUUCGCUUUGGAAGUCGAUGCUAUGCAAAGGCUGUCAAGGCGCAGGCCAUCUGGAAACACCCAGAAUCGGGGUCUUCGUCUUUCGACUCGGCUGCCACGUGCUCUGGUAGAUCCGCCAGCAGUCCAACGCAAGAUCAUCCUGUGCUGGCUUAUAUAAGUCGCAGCCAUCUCGAUCACGUUCGGCGUGACCGCAGCAGGAUACCGCGUAUGCCGGACGGCUCAGAUAACGGCCCUGUACAGCGGCUGCAUGACUUGCGCUCCAAAAAUCUUAGGCCCAGCAACAUGGACGAGGACCCGUACUUUGUUGCUGCCAUUAUCGCGCUCGCUCAGCAAGCAGUCUAUACCGUCGAUGCACAGUCCCGGAGGACGCUUUUUAUUCCCCGAGACGUCGAAGUCCGCGUCAUCACAGUUUCUGAGGAGGAAGAGUGCUUCAUCGUCUACUCCACGGUCGUGCCCGCUGCACGCAUUAAGAUGUUCGAUCAACCCAAUACGGCGCCCGAAAGCCCUGCAGACAUCCACAUCAAGCACACCCGAGUACCCGUAUGGCCGGUGCUCGGUCUGAAAGAGCGCCUUGGUCAUGUACUGGGUCGGGAGGUGGUUGGUGACUUCAACAAAAACGGCAUGGUCACGUACAAAGACGAGCUCACGCCCUGUCCGGAGAAAGGUUCGACCAAACGGCGGUGUGAAAUUCUACCAGAAGCUCUGAACGUGAGCUUUUCAGAAGAUCCCAAUGCAGGCAGCCCUGAUCACAACGACAACAAGGCGAAACGUCGGCGACUGCCAAAGAGAAGAGUUGGGCUCGUCCGAUGA